AUGCCGGGAAUUAGGCGGAAGAAGACCCAAGACGGAGCGGUUAGAAUACUUUCUCGUCGUGGGAAAUGCUACUAUGGCAUGCUAAUAUCCGCCUUCCAACCUGAAGGAGCUGUUGAUCCGGCAAAACGUAAACAUUGUCCGCUUGGUGCCAAAGCGACCAAUCAGCGGGGAAAUCGUGUCAGCCUGCACAGCACACUGACAGUGGACAGGCUCUGCAGUAUUUGGGUGGAUGCCACUAAGAUGCAGGUAAAGGGAGCCCGCAAGCUCCAAAUUUGCCCUCGUCGUCUUCUUCAAAUUUUCCUCCUUCUUCUGCUAUCUCAUCCGUCAGUCGAGGAAGACGAAGAAGAAUAUGAAGAUAUUUCCUCGGAAUCUUCUGUUUCUUUAAGUGAAGGUCGCCUUGGCCAUCGGCAUGACAGUGGCAACACCCCUUCUACUCCUGGUCCUCAUCAUCGUCUGCUACUGCUGGUGCCACAAAAAGCGGCAAAGCAGGUGCUUCAUUAA